AGCUUGAAGUCAAUAUGGAGAACGCCAGUUUCUCUGUCGCCGCCGUUCGGAACGGGAACGAGGGUGUCCAGCGGGACCCGAGCCUGGUUCCUGAGCGGAUUCAGAGGCGCGAGCAGGAGCGGCAACUGGAGGUGGAAAAGCGGAGGCAGAAGCGGCAGGACCAGGAGGUGGAAGAGGAGAAGAGCAGCUUUUUCGCGGCCGCCUUGGCUCGGGAGCGAAAGGCCGUGGCAGAGCUGCUGGAGGGCGAGGGCUCUGCGGAGCGGCUGGAGGAGGCGGCCGCCCGGCUGCAGGGCCUGCGGAAGCUUCUCAACGACGCGGUGCUGUUCCUGGCCUCCUACGACCUGCGGCAGGGACAGGAGGCGCUGGCGCAGCUGCAGGCGGCCCUGGCCCGACGGCGCCAGGAGCUGCAGCCCAAGAAGCGCUUCGCGUUCAAGGCCCGGAAAAAGGAGGCAGCUUCGGCUACCGAAGGGGACGCGGCUCCUGUCGCCCCGGCGGCUGAAGGCCUCCUGGCCUCUUCGCUGCCCUUGAAGGAGGAGGAGGAGGAAGGAACGCUCGAUUCCAGCCGGGCCUGCGGCUUCUCCAACCUGGAGUCCCAAGUGUUGGAGAAGAGGGGCGACGAGCUGCACCAGCGCGACAUCCUUCUGAACGAACUGAAGGAUUGCACGAUCAAGCUGUAUGGCAAUCCUAACGCCUUGCGCCUGGCCAAGGCCCACGGCUGCAGGGUGCUGUGCGGCCCGGUGUCCACCUCCGUGUUCCUGGAGGACUGCAGAGACUGCGUGCUGGCCGUGGCCUGCCAGCAGCUCCGCGUCCACACUACCAGAGACACCCGCAUCUUCUUGCAUGUGACCAGCCGGGCCAUCGUGGAGGACUGCGGCGGCAUCCAGUUCUCCCCUUACACCUGGAGCUACCCGGGGAUCGAGCAGGACUUCCAGGGCUCUGGUUUAGAUAGGGGCAGAAAUAACUGGAACACCGUUGACGACUUCAACUGGCUGGCCCGGGAUGUCCCCUCCCCAAACUGGAGCAUUCUUCCUGAAGAGGAGCGAAAGAUGGAGUGGGACUAGCAGUUGUCACACUUGUUCUGCGCUCUCAGCAAAUACUUUCCACGUGGGAGUGCCUCCAGCUGAGGGGACCCCAGAACUUAUCCUUUGUCACAUUGAAUAUUUUAAGGCUUGAGCUUGCCAGAGGCUCCUAAACUGUUACUUUCAUUAAAUUCAUGCUACAUCUAACCCAUUUUUGCUAUUUUGGCAACGUUUAUAAGCUUUUCUUUGA